UCAGCGCGUGGCACUUGUCAGUUCGCGAUCUCCACCAUCGUCUCCUCAGUCCUCCCAAGUCCCAAGCCCCGUCCAAAACCCCCCCCACCAAUCCCCCAAACCCCAACAACCAUCGCAACAAUGGCGGCGCCGCCUGUCCAGCCCGUGCCACCCGCGGCUGCGGCGGCCGUGAACGGGGACGCGUUCCGCCUGGGCUUCGUCGGCGCGGGCAACCUGGCCGAGAGCAUCGCCCGCGGCGUGGCGGCGUCGGGCGUCCUCCCGGCCUCCGCCAUCCGCACCGCGCCCCACCGCCGCCCCGAGCGCGGCGAGGCCUUCGCGUCCUUCGGCGCGUGCUUGCUCCAAACCAAUGCCCAGGUUGUCGACGACAGCGAUGUGAUCGUCAUCUCUGUGAAGCCUCAGAUCGUGAAGCAGGUUCUACUUGAGCUGAGACCACGCCUGUCGGAAGAAAAGCUUUUGGUGUCCAUUGCUGCCGGCAUCAAGAUGCAAGAUCUGCAGGAUUGGUCUGGUCAACGACGUAUUAUUAGAGUAAUGCCCAACACCCCUUCAGCUGUUGGACAAGCUGCAUCAGUCAUGUGCUUGGGAGAGAUGGCAACUCAGGAUGAUGAAAACCGUGUAAGGAAACUAUUCAGUGCUAUUGGAAAAGUUUGGACAGCUGAAGAGAAAUAUUUUGAUGCUGUAACUGGCCUGAGCGGUAGUGGUCCAGCCUACAUUUUCUUAGCAAUAGAGGCCAUGGCUGAUGGUGGAGUUGCUGCUGGGCUUCCUCGGGACCUUGCCCUUGGUCUUGCAUCUCAAACAGUUCUUGGUGCUGCAACCAUGGUGAGCCAGACAGGUAAACAUCCAGGGCAACUGAAAGAUCAGGUCACUUCUCCAGCAGGGACUACCAUAGCUGGGAUUCAGGAGCUCGAGAAGGGCGCAUUUCGUGGAACACUGAUUAGUGCUGUUGUUGCUGCCGCAAAGCGGUGCCGCGAACUGUCGUAGAGUUCGAUCCAUAUUCAUUUUGGCGGAUUUCGACAAGGCUGCAUUUCGUUGAUAUACAUUCGUAGGUCUGCAAGGUGCAAAUUGUCUGGAAUAUUAGAUUAAUAAUGUAUUGGUGGCUUCAGAGCGGCGAGAUGUAAUCAUGGUAUUUUGCAGAAUCAAGUAAGUACAUGUUUCCGUGCAAAGCUUAGUUUCACCAUUGUCAUCAAACAGCGAGCCUUAAGCAUAAAUCUAGAAGGGCAAAAGUUUUAUUCAAGAAUGUGACUUUUUAUUUA